AUGUGGUGGUCUCAGUCUGCUGCUGCUGCUUUCCUCCUUUGGGCGGUCCCUGCAACCUCUUCUUCAUCUACUUCUUCCUCGCCAGCCUCGUAUCCCCCGCGCUCAUCGCAAUGUCGCUGUUUUCCUGGUGAUGCAUGCUGGCCGUCAGCUGUUGCGUGGUCAAAUUUCAACGAGUCUGUUGAUGGUACUCUGAUCAAGACCAUACCCUUGGCUACACCAUGCCAUAACCCAUCAUACAGUGCCGCCGAGUGCGAUAUUCUCCGCGAGAGAUGGCUUCUCCCCCAAGAACACUAUGAGUCCUCGUCAUCCAUUAUGGCUCCCUGGUUCACCAACGAGACCUGUGACCCGUUUCACGCGGUCUCGCAGCCUUGUACGCUAGGAAACUAUGUUGUUUAUUCGGUGAACAUCUCCAAGCCAGAGCAUAUUUCCAAGACUCUCGCUUUUGCUCAACAGAACAAUAUUCGUGUUGUGGUCCGCAACACGGGUCAUGAUUACAAUGGCAAAUCCACUGGUGCUGGUGCCAUCGCCAUUUGGACGCACAACCUGAAGGAUCGAGAGAUAAUCGACUACAACAGCUCCUACUAUCAAGGCAAGGCCAUCAAAAUCGGCGCGGGUGUGCAAGGAUUUGAGGCCUAUAAGCUAGCCGAUCAGCACGGUCUCCAGGUUGUAGGAGGUGAAUGUCCUACCGUUGGCAUUGCCGGCGGCUACUCCCAAGGCGGUGGGCAUUCAUCUCUCGCUUCCCGCUACGGAUUGGGUGCUGAUCAGACUCUGGAAUGGGAAGUUAUCGAUGGGACUGGCCAUUAUCGUGUUGCCAACCGCUACCGGAACUCGGAUUUGUACUGGGCAUUGUGUGGUGGUGGGGGCAGUACCUACGGCGUUGUGUGGUCAAUGACAUCCAAGGCUCAUCCUGGAACGCCCGUGUCGGGUUUCAACCUGACGUUCACCAACGACGGAAUUUCUCAGGACACUUUUUACAAGGCUGUGGGCAAAUAUCAUGCGACUCUCCCAUCAAUUGUCGAUGCCGGUGCCAUGAGUGUCUGGUACUUCACCAACACCAGUUUCUCAAUUUCUCCUCUGACCGGUCCCAAUAUCCCGGUCGACGAAUUGACAAACCUUGUCAAACCGUUUACCGACACUCUGACUGAGCUGGGUGUUAAAUAUACUUCCUACUCUCAACAGUACAACAGCUUCCUCGACGAGUACAAUAGCCUACAGGGCCUCAUCGAGGUUGGAACCGCUCAAUAUGGCGGGUGGCUGAUGCCUCGCUCUGUGGUUGAAACUAAUAACAACAACUUGACCGCUGCGUAUCGCUACAUAAUUGAAGACGGAGCGACGUUUAUUGGUGUUGGUGUGAACGUUUCCAAGGCUCUUGUUGGCGACGAUAUCUACAAUUCCGUGUUACCGGCCUGGAGAGAUACUCUGAUUGAUACCGUCAUUACCACACCCUGGCACUUCACAGCUCCGAGAUCUGAUAUGGCUGCAAAGCAGCUUAAGAUGACCAACGAUUAUAUUCCACGUCUUAAGGCUUUGGCACCUGAGUCGGGCGCUUACAUGAACGAGGCUGACUUCCGUCAACCCGACUUCCAGCAAGCUUUCUUCGGCGAGAAUUACCAAAAGCUUCAAUCCAUCAAAGCCAAGUAUGAUCCUUAUGACCUGUUCUAUGCCAUUACCACUGUGAACUCAGACCAGUGGACUGAGUUGGAAGAUGGACGGCUGUGCAAAGUGCACUAG